ACUUAAAAACAACAUGAGCGAAGACAAGAGUGUUUCCGGCGUGCCUAAGACCGAAGAGCCUGCUCUGAAGCCGCCAACUGCGAACGUGUUUGCGAUGUUUGGAGGCGCCAGCGCCAAGAAGGAGGAGAAGAAGGAGGAAAAGGAGGAAAAGGAAGACAAAGAAGAAAAUAAAAAUGGAUCCAAAGACAAGGAGGGUGACGAGGAGGAAGAGGUUCCGGAAAACGACGAUAUCCAUUUCGAGCCUCUUGUUCAGCUGGAGAAGGUGGAGGUGAAGACCAAUGAGGAGAACGAGGACGUCUUGUUCAAGAUCCGGGCCAAACUCUUCAAGUUCCACCCAGAGUCCAAGGAGUGGAAGGAGAGAGGUACUGGAGACGUCAAGUUUUUGCAGCACAAAGAGACCAAGAAGGUGAGACUGCUGAUGAGAAGAGACAAGACUCUCAAGGUGUGUGCGAACCACAUCAUCGCUCCAGAGUACAAGUUGACUCCUAACGUUGGCUCGGACCGUUCGUGGGUGUACAGCGUGACUGCGGAUGUGAGCGACGGCACACCGGAGGCACAGACUCUGGCGAUCCGGUUUGGCAACAAGGAGAAUGCAGAGAAGUUCAAGGAGGAGUUCGAGAAGGCCCAGAAGGCGAACAAGGCCUAAAAAGUAAAUACAGUGUAUUGGUGAGCUUAAUACAUACAGGUGAGCUAGAGUUAGUCGUCCUUGCCCUGGCUUUCGAGUAGCCGCUUGCUUCUGCGUGCGCGACCGGCCCUGUUCCACCCCCAUUUAAACAGGAUCCACAGCAUAAGCAAGGGCGUGAACUGAGGCCAGAGCACAGACAGGAUCUCAACGUCGCAGUCCACGUCGACGGCCUCCCACAGCAUGAAGUCGCUCAAUCUGUACACGCCAGACGUUCGUAUGAGCAAUUGCAGCUUCGGAACACCGCCCGUGUAUAGGUGUUGGCUCACAAGGUCCUCAGUGAUGUCUUCUGGGUCGUAGCCCCUGGCUAUGAUAUUUUUUAUCGAAUGCGUGAUAUCGUCCCUGGAUGUGUACGGACAACAGAUGUUGAGCACUGCGCGCGUGUUGUUUUUCGUCAUUUCCUGCGCCUCCAGCAGCGACUCGCGCACGUCUGCGGGCAGCAACUUGAGAUUACCCAGAAUGCGGAUUCUGACGCCGUACCUGUGGCACAGCUCGCCAUUUUCCACCAACUGUUUCAUUUUGGACUUGGCCAGUUUCAUGAGCCACUCGAUCUCGUACUCGCUGCGGCUGAAGUUCUCGAUCGAAAAUGCAAAAACGGUCGCUGCCUGCACGCCGCAGUCGUAGCACACCUCGAGCAGCCGUGCCAUGGUGUCGAACCCGGCACUGUGGCCCUCCUUGGUCUCCAUCUUGUUCAUCCUGGCGUAUCUGCGGUUGCCGUCCAUGAUGAACCCGAUGUGCUGCGGCACACUUCCGCUCCUCAGCACCUGGCACAGCUGUUUUUUCGUGUACUCCAGCACAUGCCGUGUCACUGGAAACGAG